AUGUCUAAGGAAGAUUACGUUAUCAAGCCAGAAUCAGUAUCACCAUCAAAUGAUACUUCUGAAUGGCCAUUAUUAUUGAAAAAUUAUGAUAAAUUACUCGUUAGAUCAGGUCAUUAUACUCCUAUUCCUGCUGGGUCAGCUCCAUUAAAUAGAGAUAUUAGAUCAUAUAUUCAAUCAGGUGUUAUAAAUUUAGAUAAACCAUCUAAUCCAUCAUCUCAUGAAGUUGUUGCUUGGAUUAAAAGAAUUUUAAGAGUUGAAAAAACUGGUCAUUCUGGUACUUUAGAUCCUAAAGUUACUGGUUGUUUAAUUGUUUGUAUUGAUAGAGCUACUAGAUUAGUUAAAUCCCAACAAGGUGCUGGUAAAGAGUAUGUUUGUAUUGUUAGAUUACAUGAUAAAUUGGCCGAUGAUAAAGAAUUAAACCGUGCUUUGGAAAAUUUAACUGGUGCUUUAUUCCAAAGACCUCCUUUAAUUUCUGCUGUUAAAAGACAAUUGAGAGUUAGAACUGUUUAUGAUUCUAAUUUAAUUGAAUUUGAUAACAAAAGAGGUCUUGGUGUCUUUUGGGCUUCUUGUGAAGCUGGUACUUAUAUGAGAACUUUAUGUGUUCAUUUAGGUAUGUUGUUGGGUGUUGGUGGUCAUAUGCAAGAAUUGCGUCGUGUUAGAUCUGGUGCCAUGAGUGAAAAUGAUAAUAUGGUUACUUUACAUGAUGUUUUAGAUGCUCAAUAUGUUUAUGAUAACACUAGAGAUGAAUCUUAUUUAAGAAAAAUCAUUCAACCUUUGGAAACUUUAUUAGUUGGUUAUAAAAGAGUUGUUGUUAAAGAUUCAGCUGUUAAUUCAGUUUGUUAUGGUGCUAAAUUAAUGAUUCCAGGUUUAUUAAGAUAUGAAGAAGGUAUUGAAUUAUACGAUGAAGUUGUUUUGAUGACUACUAAAGGUGAAGCCAUUGCCAUUGGUAUUGCUCAAAUGUCAACUGUUGAUUUACAAUCUUGUGAUCAUGGUGUUGUUGCUAAAGUUAAGAGAUGUAUUAUGGAAAGAGACACUUAUCCAAGAAGAUGGGGUUUGGGUCCAAUUGCUCAAAAGAAGAAACAAUUGAAAGCUGAUGGUAAAUUGGAUAAAUAUGGUAGAGUUAAUGAAAACACUCCUGAAAAUUGGAAGAAAGAAUAUAAAGAUCUUGAUGAUGUUCCACCUCCACCAGUUCCAGAAGAUAAAUUGGCUGCUCCUGAACUUCAAGCACCAAAGAAAUCUACUUUAAUUGAAGAAGUUGAUACCACCACCACCACUACUACUGAAGAUAAAGAUGGUGAAAAGAAGGAAAAGAAAGAAAAGAAAGACAAGAAGGAAAAGAAAGAAAAGAAGGAUAAAAAGGAAAAGAAGGAAAAGAAAGAAAAAAAGAGAAAAUCUGAAGAUGGUGAAGAAACCCCAAAGAAAAAGAAAUCUAAAAAGGAUUAG